AAAAAACAGACAGGAAAGUUUCACUUUCACCUGUUUCUGUUGCGCAGAUUAUUUUCUAUCAGCCUCCAACGGAAGGUAAGAUAAUCCUGUCGUUGCGGACGCAGCUGUGUAAAUAAUGAUUAAUCUAUCAAUAGGAUUCCUCUUUAUGAUUUAUUCCAUGUUACAGGACCAGCAGCAGCUGAUCAGUUCAGAGGAAGGAGGAGAACGGCUCAAGAAGCCUCGUUAAUUUUCAACCUUUUGUUUUAUCCACCUAGAAUCUGCAGAUAGAGAAGCUGCUCCAUCCCAGGUGAGGCUCAGCUCACUGCUGCCUCACCUGCAUUUUAACGGGAAAAUGCAAAAAUUCUGCGAUUUUGAAGAAAUAAAUAAUCAGAAUUGGUUAAGCUAAAUGAAAAAUAGGUACUUUAUAGUAGAAACCACAGGAUGAAAAUAACAAUAUAAAUUAUUUUAUCACUAUAUAUUAUUUUUAAAUGAUGACAGGUGGUGCUCUGCCUCUAUACACACACACACUGCACUUGUGUGGAAGGUUACAUCUUGAUAUUAAGCAGCUUGUAGUUUAAUUUGCCAUAACUAAUGACUGCCGCCUUUUGUGCAAACAUCCUUCUGUUCUCUAGCACCUCUUGUAAAAUCUAGUUGGGCACAAAAAGUAUGAAAACCACACAUCUAUUCUCAUUUAAUCUUUUAUUGAUAAUCAGUUUAUUGCUCUGAACAGUUACUCCAUGACAAACAUUUAAUUUUCCUGUCAGUGCUAUAAUAGUGAUAUAGAUGAAUAAAUAUAGUAUUUAUUCAUAUAUUAUUACAGUAAUAUUAGAGCAGACAGAAAUCAACAACUGCAAUUUGGUACAAAACCAUGUUAUGUCCAGGGCAUGUGGGUGAACAAAUCAGAUUGAUCAUCAGGACAGAGUAAAAGCAGCAAAGCGCCAGAAACAUAAUCAGUGCUAUCUGUAAGAGUUUAUGAGCCGAAUGUACAACAAACACAAUGAAAUGUUAUGAAUUAGUGGAAGAACUUCAGAAAUCUGUCUUUUUAUUCAGUAAUCUAUAGCUUGAUUCUCAUUAUUUUAAAGUGUAAUCUCACCAUAUUGCCUCUGGAUGUUUUAUGAAAACCAGCCACCAGAUUUAGAACAACAAUCUAACGAGUAAACUGAACUAAGACGUGCAGAAACAAGAAAAAUGUGGCUUUUAGUGUCAACAACCAACAGGAACGGCUGCUGUGGAGAAAAUCCGAGGUAAACCCAAGCUAUUCUAAUUUUUAAACAAGUACUGACGUUGUUUCUUGGCGUCUUUUGCCUUCAUGAUCCGUUCCGAUGCCGUGGCAAACACCAUCCCAAGCGCUUCACACUGCGACCAGGGCCGCAGCCUGCUUCCGGAUCCCGUCCUACUGCUUCUGGAGCCCGGCCUGCUGCUUCUGGAGCAGGACGUGUUCAGCAAACUCCCACACAGCGCCCGCCCUGCCGCCAUGCUUGCAGGCAAACUUGCCGGCCCUGAUGGCUUCGGGCUGGGCGUCUGUCGACGCCGCUCUCAGACCCGCCAGCCGCAGACAUCUGGCAGACGCUGCUUCACAGCCUGGGAGGAAAAACUCAGGCUUUCCGGCUGCCUGAUCACAGACGAAGGAUGUGCUGCUCUGGCCUCAGCUCUGACUAUGAACCCGUCUCACCUGAAGGAGCUGGACCUGAGUUUCAAUUAUCCUAGAGAGGCAGGAAUGGAGAGUCUAGCAGCUAUACUGAAGAAUCCAAGCUUCAGGCUGGAGUCUCUCAACAUGGAGCCUGGAGGAGAAAGAUGGAUGACACCAGGUCUGAGGAAGUAUUCCUGUCCACCAACAGUCGACCUAAACACUGUAAGCAGUUUUCUCAGACUGUCAGACAAAAACAGGAAGGUGACAUUUGUGGAGAACGGGGAGCAGCCGUAUCCUGAUCAUCCAGACAGAUUUGACCUCAAUCAGCUGCUGUGUACUGAUGGUCUGACUGGUCGCAGUUACUGGGAGGUUGAGUGGGGUGGGAAAGUCUAUGUAUCACUGAGUUACAGGGGAAUCAAUAGAAAAGGAGUCAAUAACGAUUCCUGGUUUGGAUUGAAUGAUAACUCCUGGGGCCUAGUCUGCUCUGAUGAUGGUUACACUGUUUGGCACAAUGGAAAAAAAGCUUUCAUCCCCGUCUCUUCCUACUCCUCGUCUCCCUCUGGCAGAGUAGCGGUGUAUGUGGACUGUCCUGCUGGGACUCUGUCCUUCUACAGAGUCUCUUCAGAUACACUGAUCCACAUCUACACUGCCAACACCAAAUUCACUGAACCUCUUUAUCCUGGAUUUGGAUUUGAGAACAAGACAGGUUCUUGGAUGACUUUGUGUUCACUUUAAGCUCCCAAGUUGUAGUUAUUGUCAUCAUUCAUCUUGACUAAACUAUCACAAUAAAUAUAACAUAUUUUUCCAGUGUCUUCAGACACACUGAUCCACAUCUACACCUUCAACACCAAAUUCACUAAAACACUUUAUCCUGGAUUUUCGUGCAGGAAUCGUUGUAGGGGGUCUUGGUUCUUGUUUUAGUGUAAUCUUUUCUAAGUCAGAGGAAAUCUAACUUUACAUGUGUUUCAUCUAAUAUAUGGUUUUAGACUAACAUUCUUUGUAAAAAUUUGUUCAAACAGCUUAAAUAAUCAUAAAGUGCUUCACAAUAGAUACUACAGUCUGCAGGAACUCCAGCACCACCCUGUUGCAUUGUCAAUGCGCUCAAGUCUGUCCUGAACCUGUCCACUAGAUGGUGCAUUUAGCAAAUUUUCCAAAUCACCUUCAUUUCAGUUCAGCACAAGCCCAGCAGCAAGCCUUAAAGGUUUUGCUAAAAUCUGACUUUCCAGACUGGUGGUCAUUGUCACUUCCUAUUUUGCGGCUCAGGAUUGGAGAGGACUUCCUGUAGGGUUCAGAACAUGUCUUGUGUUUUUGUCAAGAUUUAGAGGAUAUAGUUUCAAUCUUAUGUUGGAGGAGCCAUCCAAUAAUCUUCUUUUUUUUCUGAGUGGGCGGGGCUUGAUGUCAUUAAACUACCACACCAAUAUGUGAAGCAGAACCCCCUGAUAAUGCACAAAAAAUCUGGUGCAGAUCAGAUGAUGUAUCAUGGAGAUAUAACUGUUGGAAUAAUUUAGGGGGCGCCCUGGAGUCAAAUUUCAAUAUAACCUUUUGACCUCUAAAGAGGUUAACAAAAGUCAUUUUUUUGGUACAAAUUGGAUGAUGCAUGUGUGAUUUAGAGCCAACUGUAUGUAAACUUCAAGGGAUUAGAAUUCGUCAUUCUAUCACAGCAACAUGCUGCAGCCACCAGCCGUUGCUGAGAGAAGGAUUCAGCAUCAUGUUGUUCUGUCAUUGGACUCGGGUCUAAAUUAGUAUGAAUCAAACAGCAAAAUUAUGACCACCAGCAGGAAAACAGGUGAUCUCCUGUUCAAAGGGGCGGGGCUAAGGUGAUGUCACAUAUUGGCCAUGUGAAUGUGAUCAUGGUCUGUUAUGACACAUAGAAAGUCUGAAGCAGCUGUGAGUUUGUGUGUAGAAGUGAUUCCAUCUUGACAUUUAAGUUUCUUAAGAAUUUCACAGACUGUUGCAUAAUGGAAUUACUUAAUGUAACUUGUAUUAUAUACUGAAGUCUUUUUAUAACUGGGUGGUCCUAAGAGUGACAGACAUACUGUAUGCCUACAAUCCUUUUGCCACAAAACUGAAUUUAAUAUUUAAAAACUUUUAUCAUGUCUUUUACUGUAACUUUACUAAAUAACAAAAUAUUGCAAUCAAAAAUUGAAUAUGUGUCACCUAUCCCUCCUUCUAUGUACUGGAUGUAGUUUUUGUAUUUGCUCACUUGAUUACAUUUUGGCAUACUAUCAAUA